AUGGCUGGUGAUGAAAACCCGAAUGAUCAAAGUUUAAUGUUUGACACAAGUAACAGCAUAAAUCACCUGACCGGAAAUGAAUUCUAUUUCUACUCUAACGACGAUGCUGGGGUAUACAGGAAAAAGACGCGCAGUGAAUCCCAAUUUCGGGAAGAAAACACCAGUGAGCGUGACGAGACGCCCCCCGUAACCACGAAUGAUAUAAACGUCAGGGGGGAUAAAGUCAAAAGCCUAAAGAAAAAAGAGAAAGAAUCAGGAAGACACAAAGCACACAGAGAGAUCAAAAAACAACAGGGGGAUACAAAUGAUUACUUCUACACUGACAGAAUAAACAUGCAACACACGUAUCAGGAAAGAGAAAUAUUUGUCUUUGAGCAGGAAAUUGACAAAGUACAUAAUGUGUACGACGGGGAAGAAAUCAUGAAAAUUAUAAACAAAUUAAAUUCUAUAAGGAAAGAAAUCGAAACAGUCAUAUACAAAAAGUUAGAAACAAAAUACAUAGAAUUCCUCAAUAUGUCCAACAAGAUUAAAGACAUUGAAGUCUUCUUAUCAAAUAUUAAAAACUUAGUGGCAGAAAAUACAAGCGAGUUGAAAUUUCUGCAGGACAAGAAAUAUAAGGAAAGUCUAAACAUAGUUAACCUUGUGACGAAAAAGAAAAAAUUCCAGAAAAUAAACUUAACAAUUCUAACCAUAUAUAUUAUCCACAUAUAUGAUAAAUUAAUUUUUAAAAAUAUUUUAAAGAAGGAUUAUGAGUAUGCAUCCCUAACGUACUUCGAGCUGGCCAAAUUUUUGAACACACAUGGAAAACUUCUCCAUCACCUUAACUGUAUACACCAUUUGAAGCAAAAAAAUUUGGUAGAUUAUUUCAACAGAUUGAAGCAAAAAAAUCAGACAAAUUUUGUCGAAUUUUUAUUUGCAAAUAAUGGGAAUAAAAAUUUACAAGCACAGUUAGAAAAGUCCUUCAAGAUUUAUUUCUUCCUUUUUAAAAAAAAAAACUCCAAUUUUAUCGAAAAUUUGCUAGCCCAUGUGUAUCAAUGCUUUCGCAAGAUUUCAAAGCAGGUUAUUUUUUCCUUUGUAAUUGUAAACAAAAAGGGCGGCAAAAGCAGAGCUAACAAAAUCGAAGGCAAACAAAAAAGGAAUUACAGAGAUGCCCCCGAAAAACUAGUACAAAAUAGUGAGCACCUCAAAGGAGAGUACAUGGAUAACUCCAAGGCACAAUACCUUGACGAAGAAAAAAAUUCAUUUUGCUCAGAAGAUAAACCAAAAAAAUCCCAACAUUGUGAAUUAAAAACGAGUGGUUUGCACGAACAGGGGAUUAAUUAUGCUCCUCCAUUCUAUAACACAAGUGUACAUCAUGUUUUGAAUGAGAGAAUCCCCAACCACGGGAAAAACAUCGCGCACCAUGGACACUAUAACCAAAACGAAGGAACAUCCCAGGGUGUCCCAAAUAAUACUGAUAAUAUAAAUGAUGUGAUUAGUUACACAUACGAAAAUGUAAAGGACUUAAAAACGGGAAGUAAUAAAGACACACUUAAUAACUCCAUGUCAAAUGAGAAUAACCCAAAGGACAAAGUCCAAAUUGAUAUAAACCAGCUACAAGAAGAAGACAAUUUUUUGUUUAUUCCGCUAAACGAGUUGGUACAAAAAUUAAACGAAAAGGGCUGCUUCCUUUCGCUUGUUAAAAUAUACGAAAUUACCUUUGAUGUCCUGAACAAAUAUGACUCCAUCAUCAUUUACUUAUUAAAUUAUACACAAAAUAAAGAAUCUAGCGGCGGCGCGAAAGGAACAAAGAUGGAUAACAUCUCACUUAAUGGUAACAAUAAAAACCACACUGAAUGUGCCGCGAGCGAUUUUUCUAAGCACCACACCGAUGAGGGAAGUGCCGUCCCUGGAAGAGAUUCCCCUGGUCGAAAUGACAAGUUACAGAGCGACCAUUCUGAGCAUGACGAAUUACAGAAAGACGACUCCGCGAUAGAGAAAAGACACACCUUGGACGAUUCCAACUGGGAAGGAAAUUCCCCCCAAGGAGGAGACCACCCUGAUAACUUCAGCUUCUACGACCUGUUCAACGAAUAUAGAAGCGAGAAACGCUUUUCCGCUUUCUCAAAAUUUUAUCAAAUAAGCGACGGUAAUAGUUCUUCCACCCAAAUAACAGAUUUUGUAAAAAACAUCGACAUUGAAAAUUGCCCCUUUGCAGAAUAUUCUCAAAAAAUUAAAGAAAAAAUUGAAUCAUAUUUAAAAGGUAGGAGCAUCCAUUAUGACCAUUCCGAGGCGUUCCUGUAUUUCGCACUUGACAAUGCGAAUAAACUGUUAAGUGCAAAAAAUAAGUUCCUAAGAAAUGUAGAGAAAGCGCUCAAAACGAUUAUCGAACAUAUGAAAUUUGAGAACUUUGGUUUCCAUUACAUAUUCCGGUUUGUAGUGGUCACCAUUAUGUUUUGCCUGAAUGCAUUUCUCUUCGAGAGAAACUCAUCCAAUAGUCGCAUCUACCAUUGGGGGGUGAAAAAUCCGCGUGUAGUUAUUCCAAAGGAAGCGCACCACGAAAAGGAGGUUCAAAAUAGGGACGUAUCGGAGAGCCAGCAGGAAGGGCAACAAAAUGGUAACCCCCCAAUUCUGUGCAAAGAAGAGCAAAGCCACGAUUAUGUUCGGGAACACCACCAGACACACCUCGAAACAGAAGCGCGACAAGUUAUUAACAAAAGCGAAUGGGAGUUACCAACUUAUCCAGGUGCUCACAAACUGGGAAGUAAAAUGAAAUGCACAAAAUUUUCCAAAAUUGAGAAGACACAAAAUGGACAAAGUAGCACAGAAGAAAUACACGCACGCGCAUCUCAUAUUGUAUAUAACAAAUCAAGCGAGAAGAGUCAACCUGAAAGACAGAAUUACCAACCAGAUGUAGAACAAAUAUGCAGGGAAUAUUUUCUGAAUGAAAGUGCACCUUUCCGCUUUGCACAACAGGAGAAACGAACCCAAUUCUUCUACGAACUGCUUAAAAGUAGUCCCAUUUUUGAAGAAAUGGAAAACAAAAUUAAAAAUAAUUUCCCUCACUUUUUUUACCUUAAUGGCAAAAAAUUAAACGAUGCCAUUAAUAAAGACAACUGGGUUCGGAUACCAGCAAGCAUAAAUCAAUGCAUCUUUAAAAAGAAAUUUCAUUUUUUUGACGUUAUAUCGCUAUAUAAGAAAACUUUUUAUAAUUUUCUGAAUGUCCCCUUUUCGGAAAAUCCCCUAAUCAGUUUUAACUUUAAGAGGUUAGAAGAACAGUUGUGUUCCGAGACAGACAUACCACCCGAGCAUACGAACGCGCAGGGAAACGAAAAUUCGAUCUCAUCUAAAUUGAGUAAUCAUGCGAGAAAUUACACCAGUUGGAGUAAAUCCACCACCCUUGAUAGUGAUCCAUCCAAAGUGAAAAAAAAAACGAACGACCCUGACUCAGACGAAAUGAGCCAAGAAGUCUACUUGAACAAGACAAACAAAAUGGUGAAUAAGAAGGAAAUUUUCCACAUUAUUAACUUUGACAUGGUUUUAUCAAACAGUAGUAGCAUGCUCAUCUGUGUGCUGCAGCAUUAUUUAAUGCUGGAAGAGCUGCUGCCCAAUUUGAAGGAUGAAAUAAAACAGUACAUGUUAAAAGUAAUCGAUUUUUACAUGUACAUAUUAUGCUGCUAUUUUAUGAAAAGGGAAACCAUGGAAGAACUCCUCAUUGACUUAAAAAAAUACAACGAUAGGUUAGGUAUAAACAACUUAUUUUUUAUUUUAAAGAAACAAGAAAAGUACAAACAUUUGUACAACUUUUUAAUUUUUUACACUGCAGAAAUUCGAAAUAAUUCGGAUAAUUAUUACUUUCUGGAUGCGCAUAAAAAUUCGCAUCACCCCUUCCAAAAUAAAUACAACGUAACAAAUUGUAGCAAUGUCACGGAUAGUUUCUGUCCACCUCUCAGCUUAAAUAACUUUUGCAAAAUUUACAGUUCCACGUGUCACUACGCCAUUGCGGAAAAGAUAAUUUCCAUCGAGUCGUUGUACUGCUUGCUUAGUAAAUUGAAAGAAGAAAUAAUGUCAUCUGGGGGAAUGCCAAGGGAAGAAAAAACUGGCCAAGUGGACACGUUCAGCGGAUGCAUUCAUGUUCCAAAUGGAGAACCCAACCAGAAGAAUACCCAUCACAGUAGUACUAUGGGUAACCACCGUACUGACGCCGAAUGGGCUUCCCUUCGCCCCUUCUUGGAACAAAAACUGCACAUCAUAGAUGAACUGCGAAUAUUAGUUUAUUGCGAUUCUCUCUAUGAACUUGUAGACAGCAGUAAUUACAUCAGCGAAGUUGUAAAGUUAGUUAACGACGCGUGUAAUUCGCUCGGAGGGGGGAGGAACGCAACGGACGUUUACAACAUUGAAACAAAAAAAGAUUUACGGACAAGUUUACAGACAAAUUUCCAAACGCAUAUGAACCAGUUUAUGAACUUAUACAUUAACAUACUGAAUGACGCGAAACGAAAACUAACGUUCUGCUGCGACGGGGUCGUAUCAGUCGUAGUCCACUACCUACUCUGGAAUUUAAUAAAUUACAUUUUUAACCUAAAUAACAUCGAAAUUGUCCACCAGAUUAGGACUGACGUGCUACCAGUAGUAUCCCCCUGUAAUAAGAACAACCCAGCAGGAACUCUGUCUGCCCCCAGAAGUAGCAGCCAAAGAAGGACAAACCAACGUGUGCCCAUCCACGGUGUAGACCCAAAAGGUAGAGAAGAAUUUAUGGUGAAUCAGAAAGAGGAAGAAAAUGCUUUAUCCCGUCGGAAAGAUGCAAAAUUAGCGGGAGCCAACCUCGUCAGUAAUAAUAAAUCGGACAUACGAGAAGCGAUUACACAAAAGAAAAGUGAUAAUUCUACAAACAGCAGCAACAGUGCGAACUUUCUUGGGGAUGCACCUCAACACGUAGUAAACACCUUAAAAAAAUUCUUUAGCAAAAUUUCAGAGUCCAUAAUUCAGCAUAUAACCAAUUUGGAAAGGGAAAUAGAGGAGUACUUAUCUCAAAGCGAGAAUGACAAUAGCCCUAUCUGUGAUGUGCGCAAUUCUGCGUACAUGAAUCUAUACAAAGAGCUAAAAAAUGUGCACUCGGAAAGGCACAAAUUUUACUACAUUUUUCUCGCAAAUGGGAUAAAUUAUUACGAUCAGUAUGUAGACCUCCAUUUGUGUAACUUCACUAAGCUUGACCAAUUGGUUAAAUGUGCAAAUGCAGAUUUCUUCCAGUAUAAGCACGUGCAUUCCGUCAUUUUGAAGUACCACUAUUCUAAACUGGUGCCUGAGAGCUACGUUACUCAGUACGAAAUGAGCGUCUUGAAAGAAAUACAAAGUAAAAUAAAAUCACGAAUUGUGUGA